GUCGACUUCUUCAGUUUUGAUAGGGGGAUUGUAUUUACUCGUCCGACAGCGCACGUGAGAGUGAUGUCGUUGCUUUUUAUUUGCAUUUCUUGAAAUACUGUGUUACCGCCAUGACAGCAUUAUCAAAUUUAGAAGAAGACUUUAUUCUGAAAGCGAUCGAGGAAUCAAAGAGACUUGAUGGCAGGCAACCAUACGACUACAGAAGAACCAAGAUAGAGUUUGGUGUAGAGAGGGGAUGCUGUAUGGUGCAUAUGGGUGACACAAGGAUUUUAGCCCAGGUAUCAUGUGAAGUUGUUGAACCCAAGGAAAACAGACCAAACGAAGGUCAACUCUUCGUGAACCUUGAACUCUCACCUAUGGCAUCAACCACCUUUGAAGCAGGGAGACUAUCUGAUUAUGGAAUUGAGCUAAACAGAUUACUUGAGAGGACUGUCAAAGAUUCAAGAGCAGUGGAUGUGGAAUCAUUGUGCAUUGUUGCUGGUGAAAAGGUUUGGAAGAUAAGACUAGAUGUACACGUUUUGAAUCAUGAUGGUAACAUAUUAGACUCAGCUUGCAUAGCUGCCUUAGCAGCUCUAUCACACUUCAGAAGACCAGAUGUGACUGUAAUUGGAGAGAGCGUCACCAUACACUCACCACAAGACAGAGACCCUGUACCUCUCAAUGUUCAUCAUAUACCUGUUUGUGUUACCUUUGCAUUCUAUCACAAAGGGAAGAGGUUACUUGUAGAUCCAACCGAGAAGGAAGAGAAGGUGAUGGAGGGAACGAUGGUUGUUGGUAUGAACGUUCACAGAGAGUUAUGUACGAUGCAGGUCACUGGUAGUAUGCUCAUACUCAAAGAGCAGAUCAUACGAUGUUGUCAGAUUGGUGUGGUGAAGGUAUCAGAGCUUACAGAACUCAUCAAACAAGCUCUAGAGAAAGAUAAAACAGCAAGAGCGGAGGGUAAGAAGUUUGGUUUUGCUGAGUCCCAUCCUAAGAAGUCAAUCACAAGUAAAGUCAUUCCUGAGCAGACCCUCGACACAUCGGAUGUAGAAGAUGAAGUCAGCCGUAUCAUGGAGACUGCUGAACUUCCGGAACAAGUAUCAAGCAAGCUAGAAAUCAAAAAGCCUGGAUUAGGUCAGAUAGGAGACGGGUUAACAAACUCUUGGCUUGAUGAUGGUGAUGCAGACGAAGCGGAGGAGGAGGAGAAUGGAAACAGUAAGGAGGAGGAUGAGAUGGAAGGAGCAAUAGGAUCAGAAGAUGAAGAUGAAGAGGAGGAGGAGGAGGAGGAGGAGAAGAAGAUGAUUGUAACAAAACCUAAAGCUAAAGACAAAAGAAAAGGAAAGUCCAAGGCUUAUGUAUCAGACAGUGAAGAAGAGGAAACGUUCACAUUAGACAAUGCUGAUCUUGAUGUUAUUCAAGGGACAAAAUCACAGAAACUAUCAGAAGAAUUGGAUCUUACAGCUGCGUUGAAAAAACCCUCAGACAAGACUAAAUCUAGAGGAAACACCAGAGCUAAAGGAGGAAAGAAGAAAUGGAAGAAAGAGCAGAACAUCAAAGAUAGGCCAUGAGGAUACAAAAUACAGAUAAUGCAAAGGACAAACAGACAAGUAUGAAGAACACCAGUCCAGAGGAGGAGAAGCAGCUUGACAGACUAGUUUUGAAGACUGAUCCAGAUUCAGCAAUGAAUGGAUCUGACAACUCUUGCUAUCAUUGCUAGCUACUGGAUUUUCUCACCUCUACCAUAUUCCAGUUCGUCUGUUUAUUCUAUACCUGAGGGGUAGACUAGAAACUUUGUGCAGACUACGCCUACUUUUCCCUCUGUAUGCCAAAUAUUCUCAAGAGACCAUCAAAUUAUGUGGAUGAAUUCCAUUUUGUGGGAUUUGUACUCUUGCCUUCAGCUCACUCUAAGAUGCCGUAUCUUAUAUCUUUAUAUACAUGUAUUUUUUGGAUGUUCUAAAAAGUCUGCUUAUUGAUUUCUCUUAUUUCUUGCUCUCAUUCACAAAAACUGCUUUCAACUUUUAUUUUCCCUUUGGAGAUACCCCAAAAUAUGCUUAGCAUUCUGAGCUUUCCAUGUAAUUCAGUCAGAGCUGCUGUAUCAA